AUGAACUCCACCCCUUCCAGAGCAGCAUUCACGGUUGAUUGACUUCAUCAGUCCUCGGCUUUUUUCACCUCCAUCAUACGGUCGCUGCAAAGUCACAGAGUCUUCAUUUUUCUUGGUUCUGACGUCAAACCUCGAACUGCAGUAGACCUUUAACCAGUGCCUCCCUUUUGAGCUCUUGGUCGAGCGCUGUCGCAUUUCGCAGAUCAUGUGCAAUUUAGUACCUCUCUGCUUCGCCCCUCAUUGUUCGUAGGGCGAUCCAGCCCACUCGCUAUGGCUCCUUCUAUAGGCUCAUCUCACCGUCGCCCGUUCAAUCAGUCUCGUCCUGUUCGCUCCAGCCGCACGCGAGUUCAAUCGUACCAUGAAGAGAGCAGCUCAGAAGAUCGACUUAAUGAAGACCCCGAUUCUGACGACGAACAAGCCAGACGUCUCUCUCUUUCUUUGCGCCCUCGCGAUUUGAAUCGCGUGCCCGUGUCAUAUCGCGAAGAAUCCACGGACGACAACUUUGAAGGAGGUGCGAGCGGUGAGGAGCCAGAGACCUCAGUGCCCGUUGAAUCCUUGACUCGAACGUAUCCGCUUACCGAACCAACAAGUCGCCGCAAUUCACAUAGACCCCAACGUAAACGGAUUGUGGAAACGAGGUCUCGAACUAAGCAAUCGAAGAGAACCUCUAAUAAUAAGCGCUGGGAAUUGGGUAGGCCUGUUUAUAAACGAAGGAAAGUGGAAGAGGAUAUUGGCCCCCUCGUGGGCUCUGGUGUUAUCCCCCCUUGGCAAGCUCUUCCUUACCACAUACUGUUUGAUAUAUUCUAUAGCGCUGCAUAUCCUCUAGUGGAUGAAAAAACUGCAACCAGAAACAGCUCAGUACAAUGGCUUGUGAAUGUCUCUCUGCUUUGUCGCACUUUCCACGAGCCUGCGAUGGCUGCUCUAUACCAUUGCCCCCCUCUGAUACCCGCCGCUAAAGCACACGGACUGCUCAAUCUGUUAUCCAAACCGCAGGAGUCUCUUUCGACCAAUUACGUUAACAAGAUUAGAGAAUUACAUAUCGACGCAGAGAUCCUUCUAUCUUACAAAAGUGGUCCGACCCUGGGAUACUUUGAACUGCCAAGGUUGGUAGAGAGAGCACCACAAUUGAAAACGUUGCGCCUCUAUCAUAGUGAUGACUAUGUUGUCGGUCUUCCUCUCUGGCAGAGGACGAAAUGGGUUUAUCCUGAAAGUCUUUUCACGUCACUCAUAUCAGGCUCGAUCCGUCUGCGCAGUUGGGAUUGGAACAGCCGCUUCAUGGAAACAAGGGCGCUACUUCCGUACAUGAUGGAAAAACAUCUUCAAGCUUCAUUCAGCGGCCUACGGGAGCUCAGGCUGCUGCAUAUUGCCUCGGAAGAUUCUGACGUGGAUGAUCCUACCGAUCUGUCAAACGAGAGGGAAGUUGUCCUUGCGACAGCGCUUAAAGAACUCCCAGAGCUACAUCGCUUGGAGUUCCUGGAGUGUUCGAUUGUGAAUGAGCAUCUUUUGCCCAACUUACCUCCAGCGUUGACGUCGCUCACGAUAAACAACUGCGAUGAAGUAACUACGGCAAACUUUAGUGCCUUUCUCGUAUCCCACGGCCAGCAUCUUCGGGACUUGGCUCUAAGUCACAAUCGCCAUUUGAGUCUGUCUUUCAUAGUAGGCCUGGCGCAGUCUUGUCGAAGUCUGGAGAAAUUUAAGAUGGACAUCUCAAUACAUGACUUGUCUAGUUAUCAUGACGUCGAACCUCACUUCAGGGAGCUUCUCAAUAGCUCGGAGGUCCCAACGUGGCCAUCUACUCUACAAGACAUUGAGUUGGUACAGCUACGCAAAUGGGACGAUACGACGGCGGAUGUAUUCUUCACAUCCCUUCUUGAUGCAGCUCCUGAAUUGCGGAACUUGCGGCGGUUAGUGAUUAGCGCGAUUCUCAAGAUUGGGUGGCGCGAUCGUGCAUCUUUUCGAGAAAAAUGGAUUGGCAAGCUCGAGAAGGUCUUUUUAAGGCGAAGUGCACCUCCAGAUGCCACCCUUAGCACUAUUCCUCCUGCCUCCCGGCCGCCAGCACCUGGUAGCUCAACUGGUAGUGUAGUUGGAGACAAUAAAGCUACUCAGCCAGAUCCUCUCGGUAGUGGACUUUCGACACCCUCGAAACGAAAAAGCGCCCGCCUCGCUCAACAAAAGCUUUCUGAGAUUGAGGAUGAUGCUGGCUUGAGUGCAUCUCACCGCGCAACGCCUGACAGUGACGAUAAUCAAAAGCCGCUAGCUGUACAAGGCAUGUGUGACGUGGUUAUGGUUCGCAUCGACAAUCAACGUCCAAGUGAAACCCAAUUCAAUGAGGAAGAUUUCCUUGAUGAUGAAGUGAGUGGUGAUGAGGACUGGAACGGAUACGACAUGGAUGCGGGCGAUACAACUCACGCCUGGUAAAAGGAGAAUCCAUUUCUUCUCUUUUUUUUCCCUUCUCUUUCUGCUUGUUUAUUUAUAUAUAUAUGCAUUAUGCGAGUCUGCUGUCAUGAAGCUGCCAUGGAGUGCUUUCCAUCAUCGGUUACCUGCUUUUUGCUUUGUUCUUCUGUCAGUAUUGUUUUUCAUUGCCAGGCUUUCUUUACCAUGUGAUACACCCGGGGGUCUAUGAUGCUUUUAAGGAGUUCGGGUUAGAGUUACAGGUUGAUCGGACACGGAUGGCUAUAUGGAGGUGUAUGGGUUGGCAGAUUCCCUUUAUCAUCUUGCUGGUAAUGACCUGUUGUUUCGUUUCAGGGUACUCAUGUGCCUGUACUGAUAGUACUUGAUGUAUGACUCUUGCAGUAGAGACAUAAUUCCAGGAGGGAUUCGCGUUCAAAGGUAUCGCAUACACCGAAGAGCUAUACUAGGUACAACAAGUAUUUAUAAAUCGUAACGGCACUUUGCAGCUGUAUGCUAGAGCAUAAUGUGCCUCGCAGGUGUCCUUCCAACCAUAGUCAAAUAAUAUCAUAAUAUAGGGAUCGCUACAGCCUCGUUAGCAACGCC